AUGAGGAAGCGUUCUGGUUACAUGCGGGGAUACCGCGUUAAGGUCCUCGCUCACGGCCUCCCAUUCAUCCUCCAGUGGAGGGGAGUCCAACGCGGUAUGCAGUCCACUACGGCGAAGAUUGAGAGGGGAUGCGGCGGCUUUUGCGUUUUUGGCGACUACGGCCCGAUGUAUACCGUUGACGACACCUACCGGGUUGAGGACUCGACUAUUGAGCUCAGCUUCGACCAUUCCGUCCUCACGGCUACAACACCAUACCCUCCCCAUGAUACUACUGAAACACCAGAGAUGCCGGGGACGGGGGCGCCUGCAGAGUCUACUACUACCGAGGCCCCUGUAGAAGAAUCUACUACUGAAGCCCCCGUAGAAGUGUCCACUACUGAGGGCGCUGUAGAUGCGGCUACCACUGAAGCCCCUCUUGGUGAGUCCACGACUGAAGCACCUACAGGUGAGGCUACUACUGAAGCCCCUGCAGACGAGUCUACUACUGAAGCCCCUGUAGACGAGUCCACUACUGAAGCCCCUGUAGACGAGUCUACUACCGAGGCCCCUGUAGACGAGUCUACUACUGAAGCCCCUGUAGACGAGUCUACUACUGAGGCCCCUGUAGACGAGUCCGCUACUGAAGCCCCUGUUGGUGAGUCUACUACCGAGGCCCCUGUAGACGGGUCUACUACCGAGGCCCCUGUAGACGAGUCCACUACUGAGGCCCCUGUAGACGAGUCCACUACUGAGGCCCCUGUUGACGAGUCUACUACUGAAGCCCCUGUUGGUGAGUCUACUACCGAGGCCCCUGUAGACGGUUCUACUACUGAAGCCUCAGUGGACGAGUCUACUACUGAGGCCCCUGUAGACGAGUCUACUGCUGAGGCCCCUGUAGACGAGCCUACUACUGAAGCCCCUGUAGAUGAGGGUACCACUGAAUCUCCUGUAGACGAGUCCACUACUGAGGCCACUAUGGGAGAGUCCACUACUGAGGCCCCUGUAGAUGCGGUUACCACUGAAACCCCUGUUGGUGAGUCCACUACUGAAGCACUUAUAGAUGAGGCUACUACUGAAGCCCCUGUGAAUGCGUUUACUACUGGCGCCCCUAUAGACGAGUCCACCACUGAAGCUCCUGUAGGUGAGGCUACUACCGAAGCCCCUGUAGAUGAGUCUACUACUGAGGCCCCUGUAGACGAGUCUACUACCGAGGCAACUGUAGACGAGUCUACUACUGAGGCCCCUGUAGACGAGUCCACUACUGGAGCCCCUGUAGAUGCGUCUACUACUGAAGCCCCUGUAGAUGAGUCCACUACUGAAGCCUCUGUUGGUGAGUCCACUACUGAGGCCCCUGUAGACGAGUCCACAACUGAAGCUCCUGUGGAUGAGGCUACUACUGAAGCCUCUGUUGGUGAGUCCACUACUGAGGCCCCUGUAGACGAGUCUACAACUGAAGCUCCUGUGGAUGAGUCUACUACUCCUACAGCCACCCUGACUGAGUCUAUGACUACUGGAGCCUCUUCAAUGGUGUCCACCACUGAAUCCUCUAUGAUGGAGGCUACUAGCACUGGAGCUCCGGUAGUUACUAGUGCGCCUCCUAUUGGCGACUUCACUGAUGCUCCUCCCAUCCUCCCAUAA